AUGAGCUGCAUUCAGCCAGGAUUUCCUGUGAUAGUUGGACACAAUGUGGGCAAGCCGCCUGGUAAUCAGGCCGGGGCCCAUGGAAGUAUUCAUAAACUUGGACAUGUACGUUCAGUAAACCUGGAAGUUGAAAUUUCCAUUGACGCCGUAAACUCUGGCGAGUCUGUGGGAGGCAUAACAAAAAUUCAACUGAAAGAUGUCCCGAUAUUCUUAAUUAACGCUUUUAAAAUUAUCAGCCAGUCUUCUAGUCUUAAUAUGGAAGGACUCUUCCGAAAAGAGGGAAACGCAACUAGGAUUAACAGAAAUAAUUUUGCUUUAUAUGUGGGUGAGAUCGAUUUCGCUUCUCAUCCUGAACGCUUUACUGUUCAUGACAUUUGCUCAAUGGUUAAACGGUUUUUCCGGGAUCUCAAAAUGCCUUUAAUAUAUGGUCUCCCUCUGAAGAAGAAACUUUUCAACCUAGUUCAGAAAAGUAAUACUGAAGAUGUCACAAGAAUUGAUAUAACUUCCUUAUUUGAUGCCAAACGUGAUGAAAAUGGUAAACUUGUUGCUCCUCUGGAACAAGCCCAUCUUGGAACCUUAGGAUUUCUGAUGCGACAACUACACUAUCAUCAGAUGACUGCCGAAAAUCUGGCAACUAUUUUUGCUCCGUCAUUGUUUAGAGACGAAGCUCCUCGUAAGAAACCUAAAGAUGGUAGACGCGGCUCACACGAGGAUUUGCUGAAUAGUGCAAGAUCUGAAACUGAUUUACGUAUUUCUGCUGUCCGAAUAUUAAUAGAGCGAGCCAAUUGGAUUGGCCUACCUACGAAUUUCUACUUAACAAGUGGGAAACAGAGAAGUGCUUCCUUAGCUCCAACAUCACCAAGAUAUCCAUUAGUUCAUGACAUGGUCAACGUAACAAAGGAUAAUAUGAAAAUUACAUCCAAGCGUCAAUCUAUGAAACUCCCGAGGUCCAAAGAAGAUAACGGGAAUAGUGUGAAAGCCAAUGAACGACGAUCUUCUUCAACUCUGAGAGAACUUUUCUCCUUCAAUCGACUACGAAGGAGGAGUAAUAGUCGAGAGCGCGUACCCGAUAGACGAAGAACAGUGGAAGUUAAAAGUACAAUUUAUCCUCCUCUUCCUCAGCCUAAACAACAUUCCAAGCCUCCUUCUCCUGCUCAGAAGUUUACGUUGGAAAUCGAAGAUGAUAAUACACCAAUCGUUAAACCCUCUUCUCAAAAUAAUACAUCAUCCUCUCGUCUUUCUCGAAGCCAGCAACAGAGAAGAGGCCGACAACCUACGCCCGGGCCAGCAGAUAAGACUAAUGAUUUGGAUACUACCCCUAUAAGAGGAUCAAGGAUGAAGAAGACAGGAUCAAUACAAUCUACUUCUUCUUCUGAUGUGAUUGGUGAAGCAAAAAUGAAAUCAACGGUAUCAAGAGAUCAUCCGGAUUCCAUGUUUGGGGAAGAUGCGUUUAACGCAGAUUUGAGGAAAGAAAGGCAAAUGCACCGGAGGAGAAGACACACUACUCCUGUUAAGACCAAUGCCUUGAGGAGAAAUCAGCCAAACUCUCAUCAUUCCGGUUUGAGGUUGCCUAAACGGCGAGUCACAUUAACAGCCCGAGAAGAUCAUGAAAAAGAGAAUGACCCGAAACGGAGAAGUCUCUCCGCCGAUAGAAGUUACACCCAGAGUAUUGAGGAUAAUGACUAUUGUAAUGAUACUCUGAAUUCUACCACCGACAUCUUGGAACAGAGAGGGUAUGAGUCUCGAUUAAGAAGGCAAAAAAUGACACGACGGAAAGAGUUAGCCUCCUCUGGAAAGCUCGUCGAUGCUGCAACUUCCCCAAUGGUAGUUAUUGCAAAUGAAAAUACGGCUACUCCUUUAAGGAAAGCAGGGUCUGCUACCGUUGGAGAAAAAGUUGUGGUGUCUACUCAUAACGAUGUAACUCCUCAACAAAUUCUCGAACAACUGUAUAGCCCUCACAGUGUAGAUAUCAGUUCGGAUUUAUCCACCAGAAGAGCUUCGAAAACACCAACUUGUUCCCCAGCUCAAUCAAAUAGCUGCAUCUCGCCUACAGUAUCCUUUGUUGUUCGUAGCCCUAAGCGAGGCCAGAUAGGUUCCCCUGAUCCGCCUCCAUUACCAGGCGCUCCUCCACCACCCAACACUAUUGGUUUCCGUCCUCCACUUGUAGCUCAGCACUCGUUAGAUGCCCAAAUGAGCCGUGUUCCAGCACAAAUCUUAAAAGCACCUCUCCAGAAAAUGAUCUCGGCUGAUCGCAAAGAGAAGCCUAUAAUUAUGCCUAAACCAGCAUCACUUACAAAGAACUCCCCUCUCCAACGGCGCGGAAUGUCGUUAUCAUGCAUCGGUCAUACAGGUUCACCUCUUCAUUCAGUAGGAGAUGAUGACUUUGCUGAUUCUGAUGCGAUUCGACAAAAAAUACUGUCUUCAACAACUGGAGAUUGGAACUUGGGCUCUAGAAAAGCUUUAGACCAGAGACCGUCUGUUGCAUUCAUCCGAAAUAAUAAUUGUGGAAUGGUUAGAGAACGGGUUAAUUUAUUCAGUCAAAUGAAUGUAAUGGAGACAAUCAGUGGACGGUCAUCCGCUAUGUCAAACCGAACCUCCCUAGGAGGAAACUCAACCAUGAGCGAUCAUGACGAUAUAAAACCAUCUGCGCCUCCAGUUGGCCAUGUCAUAUCUAUGGGUCGAAGAUCCACGUCCUCGGUGCUGUCAAAUGCAUUCAUUUCUCCCAGUGCUUCUCCUCGCCCAACCUAA